AAAAUAUGUCUAUAUACAUUUGUAUAUAAUCUGUAUUGAAAUCUCUAAAAAAACUAAUAUAUUUAGGAAUACUGUCCAAAUACUACAUACUACACGUACAUACUGUCCAAAUAUUCUUAUAUACUGUCCAAAUAUUCUUAUAUACUACAUACUACACGUACAUACUCUCAGUUUUAAUGGAUACUACAUACAACAUACUCCCUACGUCCCAAAAUAAGUGUCGCUGCAUUAGUACUAAAUUUGUACUAACUUGGUACUACUAAAUUUGCGACACUUAUUUUGGGACCGAGGGAGUACAAAACUCACGUGAGGACAACUACCACUGAUGGUAGGAAACAUUAUAUAUGUGGUCGGACCCUGGACCCUGCGCAAGCAAGAGCUACGUGCACCCGGCUGCCCUAUUUUUAACCAUAUCUUUCAUCUCAUGUAUCAUUUUUUACCCAUACUGAUGAGGACAUCCCAACCAAUAACACUACACCAACCAUCGAUGGACCUAUAACAAGAAGUCCUGCCAAACUUAUAUGUGACCAGGUGAACGCUAACUUAAGUUUAUCUUAUAAACUUGAUGAAAUGGUUGUGCCUUCAUCUCCAUGGUUGUUGGGUGAACUUAGGUACACAAUGAAGGAAUACAACAACAUAUGAGCUCAUGAAGAAACAAGUUGAAGAAAACAAGUUUCAAGUGAAUCUGUUUUCUGCAGAUUUUUUGCCUCUGAUCUUUGGCUGUGCCCCACCCAUAUGGAACAGAGACGAGGCCUUUGGGCUAAACCAACAGAAGCUCCUUGAAGUUUACUUUCCAACCCAAAAUACCUCACAUCAUUUGAAGUUGUGUAGCUCAAGAUAUUCAAGUUUUGAUGGAAGGUGUUCAGGCUGAUAAACGCUUCACGAAUUUCCAAGGAAAUCUCCAAUAAAUAACUCACCAAGUUGACUACUCUUCACCCAAGGGAGGCAUACGAAUUCUGCACCAUUUUGAACCCUUUUCACACCUAGCUAAGGGGGUUGUCCCUGCUAUAAAACCCCAUCUCCCCCAUCUUGUUAGGGGCCUUUUAUCAAACCAAAAACAGCUAUAAGCUUUGCAGCCAAGACUGCUUGAGAUCCGAGAGAUCUUGCUACCUUUGCUCUUGUGAGUUCAUUCGGAUUCGCAAGGAGCCUCUGGUUCCCCUUACCUCAUGCUCUACAGUUCCGGCCGUUUUGUGUGGGUUAGUCCCGGUUUGUGGUUCUGCAAUUGUUCGGACAGCGGGUUGGAGUUCUUGUAGCUUCAGUCAGCCAUCCCUAACGUACGGGUCGCAUCCAACCUUGGCAGGUAUAAAGCUAGUUAUCCCCGCUGCUUGCAGCUAGUUACCCUCCCCGAUUGGAUCCUACGCCAUGAUGAUCGGGCCACCCUCGGGCGUGAAUCCCUCAACGGGUUUGUGCCUGUCAUCUUGGUACCAGAGCUUUCGUUUACACGGUAGGAUUUGCUAUCAUAGUUCAUCUUGUUAUCAUCCCUUUAGAUCGGUAGGUUUUGUUGCAAAAAAAUUCUGUCCUAUAGUCCAAAGCCUCACCAAAAAUAAAUCCCAAAACCUUGUUGGUGCUGAGAUCUUGUUGUUGCAUUCCUUGUAUGUUUUUCAUCUUUUAGAUCUGCACCAUGUUCAUCGUUGUAGUAGUUUUCAGAUUUCGUUGUGUUGCUUAGAAAGAGGAAAAAACAGAAAAACAAGAAAGAAAAGAAGUGCAAAAAAAAGAGAAAGAAAGUGUUGAGCAAGUUCCAAAAGUUUAGUUCCGUAGAAAAUUUAAGAAAGUUUUGUGUGAGCUGUUUGCUUUUCAAUCUUGGUGCAAGGUCUCAUAUUCCCAUCAAAAAUCUUGGUUUGCAUCAACUUGAUUUCAGCACAAGCCCUCUUUGUUUACCCCACCUAGAGCUCCGCCAAAAACCGAAGCUAGUUCUUUGAUCCCUGUCUUUCAAUCGCCUUAACACAUCCGGGAGAACCGUGGUCUGUUUUGAACUCAUAAGAACUUUGGUGAGUAAGAGGUGAAGUUGUGUGAUUCCACAAAAAAAAAAUCCUAUCCCACUUUUUUUAGCCCUACUAACAUGGCAGGAUCUGGUUCGAGUGUUCAUGGAGAAAAUCAAGGAGGAGAUGAGGUUCUGAUCUCACGUGCAGAGUUUCAACAGGUGCAGAAUGGCAUCCUUCAACUUCAACAAACCAUGAAGAGGAUGCUCAAUGAGCGUCCUCCCGCAUGGGGCAAUGGGGUUCCACACCGACAAGACCUUAUUGACCCGCACGGCGAAGCUAGCGGUGAAAACUCCGUGGGAGGUGCUGCCCACAGAGGACAUGAAGAUGAGUAUAGCAACUAUGGCGGAGAUCAUUGGGAAGUUGAAGACGUCGGUGCUGCUACUCGAGGUCGUGGUGCUGCUGCUCAUGGAGUGCCGCGCAGAGGACAUGAUAGAGGGCGAGGCCAUGGUCCUCAUGGACGCUACUUUGACCCACAUGAGUGUACUGCUCGUGGUCAUGGUGAUGAGUUUGAUGACUAUGACGGUAUUCCGUAUCGUCGUGCUGCUGCAUAUGGUGAUGAUGGUCGUCGUCAUGACCGUCGUGGUCAAGAUGAUCGUGAUAAUAUUGCAAGAAUAAAGUUGCAGGUUCCCAAGUUCACGGGAAAGGAAGAUCCGGAUGCAUAUUUUGACUGGGAAGAGCAAUAUGAUCAGAUUUUUCGCAUCCACAAUCUUGCUGAUCCAAAAAGGGUAAACCUUGCUUGUGUUGAGUUUUCAGGUUAUGCACUCACUUGGUGGAACCAACUACAAGAAAACCAGCUGAUAUUGGGUCGUCAACACAUUGGUAUAUGGGAAGAAAUGAAGCAAGCAAUGAGGAGGUGGUUUGUUCCUUCACAAUAUCAAAGAGAUCUCCGAAACAGAUUGCAACGCCUCACCCAAGGUACUCGCACGGUGGAUGAGUAUUAUAAAGAGAUGGAAUCGCUGCUGGUUCGUGCUCGUGUCCAUGAAGAUGAAGAGUCAAAGAUGGCAAGAUUUUUGCAUGGUCUCAACAAUGACAUUUCUGAUUUUGUGGAGAUGUUUCCUUAUAACACUCUAUAAGAUAUUUUGGAUCAAGCAAAGCGCACGGAGAGGAAGGUGCAGCGGAGUGGCCAUAGACGUUCAUCUCUGAACCGCACCACCACACCAUGGCAUAGGUCGCAGCCAAGUUCCUCUCAUGGCGGUUCUCAGUUUUAGCAAACU